UACAAAUGGCCUCCACAAUGUGCUCAUUCUGUCCCCCAAAAAGCGAAACUGGUAGCCAAGACUCCAUGGCUCAUGAAUCCUCUCCUGUCUUAGCACUAAAACUAGGAACCAUUCUGUUGGUCCUUUCUCUGGCUAUAUAUCAUGUCUCAGCUGCCGGAGUGCUCGGUUUUGGUGGUGGUGGUGGCAGCGGCGGUAGCUCCGGUAGUGGUAAUUGUACUAAUAACACUAACAAUGGUGGUGCAAUUGAGUUCAUCCGCAAAUCAUGUAACUUCACGCUGUAUCCGGCUGUCUGCUUCAGCUCACUUUCAGGCUAUGCUGCUUCAGUCCAACAGAGCCAUACCCAACUUGCAAAAGUGGCAAUAAAUGUCAGUCUCUCUAACGCUCAAGUAGUUCACAGAUUUGUUGACAGCCUCUCUGUUACUGCUUCCAAUAUCAAUGACUCACGCGCGCUAAUGGCGCUCAAAGACUGCAGGACGACCUUUAGCGACGGCAUCAGCUGGAUGCAGCAGUCAUUGGUUGAGCUUGGGAUCCUUUACACUGGCAAUUUCCGGUUUCACAUGAGCAAUAUUUUGACUUGGAUGAGUGCGGCGCUUACGGAUGAACAGACGUGCAUCGAUGGAUUCGAGGGCGUCUCUACCAUUCCGGGAUUGGUACUCAAGGCUGUCGUUGCAAACCAAGCUUCUGCUGUUGGUAAGGUCACCAGCAAUGCCUUGGCUCUUGUGAAUUAUUUGAAUCCUCAGAGAAGCUGAUGAUCCUAAAAUUGGGAGUACCGGAAAUUUGGUGGCCGGAAAAGUUUGAAGGGUUAUGGUGGAAAAUUGUGAGUUUGUCGUUCAUGAUCACUCUGUGAUUUAGCAAUACUUCAAUCAUGUUCAUAACCUUGAGUUGUGCUGUUUGCCGUUUGUUUCAGUAAAUUUCUUUUCUUCUUUUCCAUGUUCAAUUCCAUGUAACAAGCAUAUACAUGUGUUUCGUGAAGUUAGAUGAGUCUUGUCAUACAAGAAACUGAAUUCAGAAGUGAAUUAUGUCACUGACUUCAGAAGUCAAUUAUGUCAUUGUGAAUUUGUGAGUCAGCUUGUAUAGAGUUCAUAUAGCUUUUGGGAAUGAAGGGAUGAUAGAAUUUUUUUAGAGUC